AUGGAAGGAGACCUGCACGCUGCUUCCCAGGAGGUAUCUGUGACCGGGGCUAGACCUCCAACGUCGAGGCGCCAGCGCGCGCCUACAGCCUCUGAGCCCGGGUCCACGCCGCCGGAGCACCACACGGCGAGUCAGUCGAAUGUGCGGGCGUAUCGUGAGACACUCACGCCCUUGCCUUUGGGGCAACUCAACAGUAGUAGCUUCCAACCGGGGUCUGGUAUGGGCGCAGCCAAGCACGCUGCGAGUGCAGCAGGGUUUUCCGCUCCGAACGUCGGGCGCUCGCCGCAUGGCGUCGGGACCGUGAACGGCACCAUAGACCGCGGGCUCUACGCGGGAGCAACGCCGACGCUCAACAUGUACGGAGGGGGUUAUGUCGGCAGUGGCGGCAUGCUGCUAAGUCCGACGCUGCUUGUAGCGGCGGCUGCGGCCGCGGCACGCUCCACGAGUUCAAGUCCACACCGUUCGAUGGUGGACAGCUCGAGCCCCACGUUGAUUCUUGCAGCGAACCAUAAGAAUAACAUGAACAGGAUCUCAACCGGGAUAUCCCCGCACACAAACGCGUACCACUUGGGGGCAAAUAUACCACCGCAAUCCGGUGAUGGAUCCGCCGUCGCCGGGAGUGCGCCCGUUCCAGAAUCGUCGAACAGUACCCCGUUCUGGAUCGAUGACACCAACUUUGAUGCAAACGGCUAUAUAUACGCGAGCAUGUCGAACCCGUAUGGGUACGGCGGUGGCGACUCGGCCACAGUCCCAGGAGCUGGCCCGUAUUCGGGCGUUUCGAUUUCGCCUCUGCCCGGUUUCUCCAUCGGAUCCCCAUAUCGCUCCUUGGUGCCGGGCACGCCGCACGCGACGAUGAUGUGGCCGGCACAGCAUCCUACGGGAACGUCUGUCAUACAAACAAGUGCCGAUCUCGAGAGGGAUCCACGGGAUACAGGCACCAAACAACGCAUGGACCGGGGAUUGUUACCACCGUGUCCAUCCCCGGAUCGGAAGCUCAUAUCAGCGUGGAACCGAGCUCAGCGGCGAGAGAAAAUGGAACGCGAGCGAGCGCAGAAACGCUCUUUGGAGCAAAUGAGAGCCCGCAAGGGUUCAGCCUCUUCAACCUCGCAGCGUGAGUAUGAGCGCGUUUCGGAUACGUCCCCGAAGACGGCGUGUGCCUUUCCAAGCGAGCCUUUCGAAGACUCGUCCGGAGACACCUGUGAGCAGCCUAGUGUACGAAUCGCUUCGGAGCACAGUCGUGAAGAUCACAGCUCCGCGGCGACCAGUUCAGCGAUCCAGAGGCACCAGUCGAGCUGGGUGCCGAGUCAGCCCUCGAUCCGUGCGGACCAAAGCAACAGUCAUGAGACUAGCGGCAGGGCACCGAGUACGCGAGAGACACGGGCGCAGCGCAAUCGAGAAGCAGCAAGGCGCAGUCGGUUGAAAGUGAAGCGUCUCAUAGCUGACCUGGAGGAACGAAAUGCGGCGUACGCUCACCUCUUACGAGAACGCGAGAAUGAGAUCGAGCGAUUACGUCGGGAAAACGCCACGUUACAGGAACAAGUGGCGCAGUGCACGGCGAUCAGGGAUGUGGCAGGAGAGGCAUCCGCUGAGGCGCCUCCAUCGAUUCCGAAGCACGUUUUGGAUCCGCCAGUCAUCACAAGAGGUACGUCAAAAGCGACGACCAGGUCAGACGACUCGCCAUCACGUUUAGUGUCGUCGGAGCAUGAGCAUCUCUCCGCACUAGCAUCGGUUGCACGUGAUGCACAGGGCGCGCCACCCGGCACCGUCAACCGAUCAACAUCGAGUGGUGACGUUUCGGCAUUCGCCCAACUGCAGGAGCCUGCGUCCGUGCUCUGA